GAAAACAGGGGAGCAUCCGAACUACGACACGGACCCAUGACUUUUAUUUUGACAUCUCAACAGUGAGUACUGCUCAAGCCAAUGAGCGCAUGUAAUCAUCCAGAGAUAUUUACUCAGCACUUCGUUGUGCAGUGAGAUGGAGGCGUUGUUGAAGAGAGAGUUGGCCACAUCUGUUUUGAAGAGCACUGGUCAUUCAGGAGGAGGAUGCAUCAGUGAAGGCCAGAGCUUUGACACUGACACUGGCAGAGUGUUCGUCAAGAUCAACCACAAGGCGGAGGCUAGACGGAUGUUUGAUGGAGAGAUGGCGAGCUUGGAAGCGAUCCUGUCCACGAACGCAGUGAAAGUGCCCAGGCCUGUGAAGGUCUUGGACCUCGAGAGAAGUGGAGCUCUCCUCGUAAUGGAACAUGUGGAUAUGAGGAGCUUAAAUAAAUACUCAUCAAAACUGGGGGAACGACUAGCUGACCUGCAUCUUUACAACAAGAGACAGAUAGAGAAACAAAACAAGGAGCAGCAGACUGUUGGGAAAGGACCAGGACAGUCUGAGGUUGAAACAGCCAACAGGUUUGGGUUUCACGUGAACACAUGCUGUGGUUAUAUCCCUCAGGUAAAUGACUGGCAGGAUGAUUGGGUGUCCUUUUACUCCCAGCAGAGGUUGCAGCACCAGCUCGACUUGGUGGAGCAGUCGUACGGAGACAGAGAGGCCAGGGAAUUGUGGUCCAAACUCCAACUGAAGAUCCCUCAGCUGUUCACAGAUGUAGAGGUGGUUCCAGCGCUGCUGCAUGGAGACCUCUGGGGAGGAAAUGUGGCCGAAUGCUCUGAUGGUCCCGUCAUCUUUGACCCAGCAUCGUUUUAUGGCCAUUCGGAGUACGAGCUGGCUAUUGCCGGCAUAUUUUCUGGUUUUGGGAGCUCGUUUUACAAUGCUUACCAUGAGAAGAUCCCCAAGACCGCUGGGUUUGCAAAGAGACAGCAACUAUACCAGCUGUUCCACUAUCUGAACCACUGGAAUCAUUUUGGUGGGGGUUACAGGGGCUCUUCUCUACGGAUCAUGAAGGAUCUAACAAAGUAGAUGCUCUUUAUUAAAGGAUCCUUCUCAAGUCUUCAUUUAUGAAGGUGGAUGAUAAACUAACUCGAAGUUAGUCACACACUUUGAAUCGAACAUCACCUGUCUGAUGGAAAUGCAUUGACAAGAUGA